AUGCGCAGAGAACAUGUUGCCAACGAGGGAAGAGGCGAAACCACCGCACCCACGGCGACGGCGUGUGUGCGAGUAGUCCACAUGGAGCACCCGCCAAGCCGCCUGCAUCUCUCAGAGGCCGAGCGGCAGGGAGCCGUGACUGUGCCUCUCCCUUCGACGGGCGGGGGUGGGGAUGAAAGUCGGGGUGUUCUGACGGUCAUGUGCGUGGUGGAGGCGGCACGGCGGCAGCUGCGGCUGGACGACACGGCGCUGCAGCUCAGCCUCCACGGUGUGGUGUUGUCCCCGCAACAAGACUUGGCGGAGGUUCUGGAAACCCUCCCAUGCGAAACCCGCAAACGUCUGGUGUUUCUCCUCAGCCCAACGCCCGCCAACGCGCUCGACAGGCAGGAAAGGGAAAGGAGCAAAAAGUCAAAGCAGGUCACGUUUGUUGAAUCGUCAUCGCCAGCAUCCACACGGGCAGAGCUUGCUGCUAUGACUGAUGGAGAAGUGGCACAGUCGUUACCGAUGCAUUUUUCACCCAAUUUGGAGAGGGGGACGCAGUUAACAACGUCGCAGUGUGUGUUUCUUGAAUCUUGGCUCAAACCAAACCGUUGUGCCCGUUGCCAAUGUGUGCGGGCACAACAUAGCGUAUUUACUCCAACCCGUCAAGAGCGUCUCCAAAGUGCCAUGGUUUUGGCGAGGAAAACGAUUAGCCGUACUCGUCGUUGCCAAAGCACUGAGCGGGAAGGUGGGUUGCGGGAGUCAGGGCUGCCGUAUUAUUACGCCGACCCUCAUCAGUGGGAGCCGCAGCGGGGGGAACGGUAUCACGGACGCGGUGAAUCAUGCCACGAAUUCUGCGCAUUGUGGGGAAGCCCCAUGUUGUGUCGCAACUGCCAAAGAGUCAAGGAGACGCAUGAAAUAGAAGUCAAACAUGCGGUGACGCAGGUCUCAACGACAACCGCGAGGCGGCCGCGCAGUCUGGAAUCCUCCUUGGUGCAUAGUGGAGGCAACUCCCCACCAGCGUAUGCACGCAAGACGUGUCAGCACCUUGCCCCGUCCUCGAGUAGUGAGUACUGCACAGUUUGUUACACGCAACGGGUGAAGCAGAUAUCUCGAGUAGGGCCGCGCUCUCCGCUGGUUGAUUUGACUCCACGGCGGCAACGUGUCUCACCUGCACGCCCAAAGGCAAACAACGUGGCCGAUUGGCUUGCCGUGCCUGCAGCUGGAAAAGAGGUAUCAGCUAUCCAAAAGAAAGACGCUUGUAGUUCUGAUGACAAAAUAAGAAGGAGAGCGAAGCAGAGAAAUGGAGCAGAGAGUACGAAGGAGAUGGCUCUUACGCAUGCUAACAAUGCUCAUUCCUUCUCUUCUUCCUUUUUAUCCACCGCCGUCGCCAAGAAGAAGAAAUCGAUAUUGACAGUACCCCCAAGAAGAAUAAAUUGUGGCGCCUUGCGAAAAGGCAUCCCGUGGGAUCUCGUACUGCCGUACAUGACAUUUGAUGAUCUACUGGUGUGUAGAACCGUUAGUUCGGCCAUGUGCAGCGUCGCUAUUUCAAUCAUUUAUGAAAACUGUCAUUACAUUAUGGAUAUCCUUGAUAUUCCAAUUCGGAAACGUGAAUUACUUGUAAAACAUGCCAAUCGCUACGCCUCCAUUAUUCUGGACGCUUUGCAGGAAAAAAGACCGUGUUCUGAGCCAACGGAUGCCGCCACGCAUCCUCGUCGUCUCUUCCAUUUCUGCAUCCUGCGGUUCCUCGGGGCCUUGCAGGCAUUGAGCCCCGAGAGAGAAAACGGCCUUACCGAAAGAGGCACCCAAGAGGGGAGAAACUGGGCGUUCACAGAUUGUUUGGAAUAUUUCCCCCCUGUUUUACCAAGGGAUGACGCAUUGGCACUCGUGACGAGAGGAAACAUGGUUGGGGAGGUAUGCGCGGCACAAAAACUCCUCUACGGUGAGGAGGCCAGAGUUGCCUUGCGGUCAUUGAUUGAAAAACUCGCUUGGUGUGACUCCAAUUCACUGCCGCCAAUGGCGACGCAAGGGAUCACGGACGCGUUUGAAGCAAUUUCCGUGGCUGCUGCCGCCUCCCUCGUUUACAUCUGCGACGACACAAAGCUGAAUGGAAUGAAGAGUAAUACAAAAAACACACGCUUCAUGUCGCUUGGUGGUUUUUUUGAAGAACAUACACUCAUGCCACUUGUUGACUUUCUGCUUUCGGUGGAGGUGGUGACGAAAAUGAAGUGGAGAACUCGUAAGUUUCUGGACGCGCUCCGCCAGCACCAUCAUCAUCUUUAUCGCAGUAUUGUGUGA